AUGAAGUCUAUCUCCGCCCUGACAGCUAUCAUCCCUCUUCUCCCCGUGACUGAAGCCCUUGUCGGUCUCGAUUGGAGCGCCUCCAACAUCCCCUCCACCGGCCUGAAGGACAUCACCUUCCCCAUGUCCAUCGCCAACGCCCCGCGCGAAGAAGGCUACUACUUCGCACAGCAAUUUAGCUUUAACGGCGUUUCCGACGUCGGCUACACAGGCCUCCAGCCUCGGCCCGACGCCAACGGCGCAAGCAUCGUCCACGCCGUCUUCUCGAGCUUCAUCCCCGGCAGCACCACCAAAGACGAAAACUGCAGCGAUGGCGCCGACGGCGGUGCUGGCGUGAGCUGUGCCGUCGAGAUCCCAGCACCCUACGCUCCCAUGUAUAACCUCGUUAUCAAAAACACCGAAGGAACAACCUGGACCGGAACACUCGUGGACACUGUCAGUAACAACGAGACGCAUAUCGGAGAGUACACACUUCCCUCUGGAACGGGAGGCAUUAAGGAGUCCCAGGUUGGGUUCGUCGAGUAUUAUCCUUGGAAUGCCAUGCCUGAACAUUCCUGUGGCUCGUUGCCGUUUACUAAUGCUACUUUCUUGAACCCUACCUCCACCGAGUCUGGUGUUCAGGCUACCGUGGGAAAGCCGUAUGAGUAUGGUGACUGUGUGGGACAGGUUCAGUUCGAUGUGCAGGAGAUUGAGGGUGGGUUUGAGGUUUCUGUUGGAUUCUAG